GUAAAUCUCCCACUUUUUCUCCCUCUCACACUCUUUUCUUCCCAUGAAGCAAAUUGGUGUUCAUGGCAAAAACAAUCAAACCCCCAAUAGAACCACAUCAAAAAUACUUCUACUUGUAACCUUAACUCUAAUAAUCUUCACUAUCAUUCCUCUUUAUUUCCCUUUUCACAAAUUCCCAUCUCUUUCACCCUCCAACAACCAUUUUACUUCUUCACCGGGGGCCGAUGCCCCCCCGGUGACCCAUCAUCAUGACAAACUCAUCACCAUCGAUGACAACCACCAUAAGUGUGAUGUUUUUUCAGGUGAGUGGGUGCCUAACCCGAAUGCCCCUUAUUAUGAAAACAAAACAUGUUGGGCUAUACAUGAACAUCAAAACUGUCAAAAAUAUGGUCGACCCGAUUCGGAUUACAUGAAGUGGAGAUGGAAACCGGAUGAAUGUGAUUUGCCCAUUUUUAAUCCUUAUCAGUUUUUGGAAAUUGUUAGAGAUAAAUCUUUGGCUUUUGUUGGUGAUUCUGUUGGUAGAAAUCAAAUGCAAUCUUUGAUUUGCAUGUUAUCCAGGGUUGAGUUUCCAAUUGAUGCUUCGACAACAAAAGAUGAUGGUUUCUCACGUUGGUACUACGUUUCGUACAACUUCACAAUGGCAACAUUUUGGUCGCCUUUUUUGAUAAAAUUUAAUGAGCCAGACACAGAUGGUCCGACUCACACAGGCCUCUAUAAUCUCUACCUAGACGAAUAUGAUGAAAAUUGGACUAACCACAUCGACGAGUUCAACUAUCUAAUCAUUAAUGGAGGCCACUGGUUCUCACGACCAUCAGUCUACUAUGAAAACCAUGAAGUGGUUGGUUGCAAAUAUUGUCAAAGAGAAAACGUCACCGAUUACCCAAUGACAUUUGGGUAUCGAAGAGCAUUACGCACGGCAUAUAAGGGGAUCAUAAGCCGGAAAAACUUCAAGGGUGUAACGAUUCUAAGAACGUUUGCGCCUAUGCAUUUUGAGGGUGGGGAAUGGAAUGGAGGAGGAGAUUGUAUUAGGAAAAAACCAUUUAAGAGCAAUGAGAUAAGCUUAGAGGGUUCUAAUUUGGAGUUGUAUUUGGCCCAAAUGGAGGAAUUUAAAAAGGCCCAAAAGAAGGCAAUGGAAAAUGGGCUGAAGUUUAGGCUUAUGGAUAUAACUCAACCAUUAUUGUUAAGGCCUGAUGGACACCCAAGUAAAUAUGGUCAUUGGCCCCAUGAAAAUGUGACUUUGUAUAAUGAUUGUGUGCAUUGGUGCUUACCUGGACCUAUUGACACAUUGAGUGAUUUUCUGCUUCAUAUGUUAAAGAUGGAGGGUAGAAGAUCAGCCCAAGAGAAGCAUACUUCUAGAUUCAUCAAAGGGAAAUAGCAAGUUAAGCUCUUCACACAUUUUUUUUCUUCCUUCUUUUAUAUGAACAUUAAGCGAUAGAACAAACUUUCUUUUUGUUAUUGUUAGAGCUUUCUUUUAUUGUAAUUUUUAUAAGGAAUAUUUGUAACUCAUUUAAAUAUUUGUAUGAGUAAGUAUACAUACGCUGAAAUUUACAAAUCA